AUGGACAAGGCAAAUAUCAUGCUCGCGGGCCCCACCAGUCCGGAGAAGACGCUGCUGACGAAGACGCUAGCCCGAAUAGCUAAAGUGUCGAUUGCAAUUGCCAGUGCAACGUAUUUGACUCAAGCUUGGUACGUGGACGAGGAUGUCGGGUCGGUUUGGUUCAAACAGUACGAAGCUGGUAACUACAUCAAUGAAGCUAUCCGCUUAUUAUCGUGUGCAUUGACGAGAUUGGCAAAAUACACGAAAGAGAGAAUGCGUAAGUAUCGCACACGACGUGUCGGGCGAAGGGGUGCAGCCAACGCUGCUGAAGCUCUUGGAAGAAAGUAUGGUAAAUGUGCUGGUAAAGGGCGGUCGCAAGAACCCGUGCGGCGAGUACAUUACUAA